GCGUAGGAUGCAAUUUGCCUUUCCGUCGGCUGAGCCUUAACGAGCGGCCCCAAUAAUCUGUCUCACCCUAACUUUUGGGGCCGUUAGGGUCAGGUAAAAACAUGCGCAGCGGUGCUAAGAAAAUGCCUCAGGAAUCACCUAAGAAUUCGGCCUUCCUGGGCGUCUCCAUUUCUGAUCCGGUUGCCUAUGUUUGCUCAUUCCAACGAGCUGGAAAUUCCCGGGCGAGAUUUGAGCAGCAAAGAAAGUGUGGCUCGCCCAGCACGCAAAUGCUUUGACCGGGCCGGGCCAGGCUCCCCAUGCCCAUCGCUGGGUGGGGUGCCCGGGGUUCCCGCGGGCACCCGAUCCAUUUUCCGCGAUUCCGCGACGCGCGAACAACCCACUCCAUCUCCGCGAACCAAGUGUGGAUUGGCACAAAAGACAACACGCAAAACGCAAACACACAUCACGCAACGCGCAGCGAGCAACGCGCAACGGCCAAAAAUGUCCUCGCGAAGGCCGCCGAGGGGCGAGUACAUCGAGACAGAGACGGGCAACAAAGUGGCUCGCAAGGCCACGCUCGUCGGCACGCAGAACAUCAUGCUCGGCGGCAAGACGGUCAUCCAGCCCGAGGUCCUGAUCCGCGGCGACCUGAUCCGGACCAUCCAGGCGUCCGCGCAGUCCGCGACCGGCGCCGCUCCCAACAACACGGCCGUGUCAAUCGGCCGCUACUGCUUCCUCAGCCGGGGCUGCUGUCUGCGACCUCCGGGUCGCCUCUACAAGGGCGCAUUCACAUUUAUGCCCCUCCGCAUGGGCGACCACGUCUUUGUCGGCCCGGGCGCCGUAGUGCAGGCCGCCUCGAUUGGGAGCCACGUCCACAUCGGCAGCCAAGCGGUCAUUGGCGAGUUCGCCAUCAUCAAGGAUUACGUGCGCAUACUCGACGGCACAGUCGUACCCCCCAACAUGGUGAUACCCAGCUUCAGCAUCGUCGCCGGCCAGCCCGCGAGGCUCAUUGGAGAAGUUCCUGAGGGCGGCCACGAAGCCUUCGAGCUGCGCGAUCUCUACAAGACGGUCGGAAACAAUCCUCAGCCGGCAUCAUGAGCCUGAUUGGCAUGAUGGAAACGACCCAUGAAGUACUCUUAAUGGACUCGCUGCCAGGGGGUUGGCUUAUACUC